CAGUGUAAAGUGCAAUGUGCACACGCACACGCACACAAUGUCUUGCUUUUGUGCUCGAGGGCUUGGCAAUUCACCGAGUGCUUUAAUGACUGCGCGAGACGCUUGAUACGAGUUCUUACACGACAGUGAAGGUACGGAACCAGAUCGAGUACGUGAGAAAGACCAAUGUUUCGUCCAAACGGCAUGCUCCAGGAGAGGAACCGGGCUGCGAGUUGGAGCUAACUUUGAAUGGAAGCCAGAUAAGUCAGGACCUGCUGUACAGCACUGUCGUUGUCGCCCAGAUGCAUGAAAAUGUUGGAAUUGCUGAUUUACAGACAGUUGUCCAGCUCGAGGAUUUCAUGACUAUGCAUCAAACAAAACGUACUCCAUUCGCGCUCGCAAAGCCACCGUCAGUCGGAUUCAGUAUCACGUAGUCGUUGAAACACCCUUAAUACCACAGCAUCGACCGAGUGAAUCUGUACAGGAUUCAUCAUUUCGUUUACAGUCUCCUUCGCGGCAUACCAGGUAGCAUCAGAUGUACAUGUGUCAAACAUGCACUGCGACAUGCUAAAGAUGGUAGAGCAGGAUAGCAUGUCAUAAUUUAGAGUCAUUCAGCUCUAACUUGAACUUCACAGACGUACACUGAGAUACAAAGGGUCAGUGAGCAGUCGGAAGGUAUGAGUUGCUGCAUGCAUUCUUCUGAAUCCGUGCCGAGAAGAUCAGGAUCCUUCUCUUCAGCUUGAAGGUAUUUUCCGUCAUCAUAACACUUAUGAGGCAUAAUGACUGUGCGCCGACAACUCAUGCCUGAGCGAAACGGCCACCAACUUGGAUCAUACUUCCUCAUUCCUACAAUAUCGGUCACUAAGUUUGUGGCGAGUGUCAUAUGUACAACCGAUCUGUUCUGCACCAGCACCGCAUGUGUCAAGCAUCUGUUAGUCGCCAACACGUGUCUCUUUACUCGCGGAGUAGAGAUUGGUCUCUUCACUAUGAGCAACUUUUGAUGAGCCCAUGAAGAGUAGUAUAUAGUAUCGUUCGAUUCAUCCGUAUUCGAUAUCAUUCGACGCACAUCCAGGACUGAUAGUCACUUUGGAUAACAAGUUAUCUACACGAUUCAGGCAGUUUGAGCUUAUCAGAUUUGGACCCACGCGUAGGCAUAGUCCCUAUAGCCAAUCGAAGAAACAUGAGUUCCGAAGCCAAAGACCAAAUCCAAUCGGGAGCAGGCGAGUCGAAUGUGACAGAGUCUAUCAAGGAUAGAGCUGAAAAUGUCAUGGACAAACUGAAGGAUAACGAAGACCACAAGCCGCAGACGCUGGGUGAUAGAGUGGAUCAAAUGAAGGAAAGGCAAAGUGAGGUUUUGUCCGGAAAGACUUCAGAUAUUCACACCGCGAGACCCAUCAUGCCUGAUGUCGGUACUGCAAGUGACCCCGGUGAAAAAGCUGCAAGGGGACAGGCGAUGACGAAUGUCCCUGAAGCUCAGGAUGCGCUCAAUUGAGUCCAUCGAUAAACAUAGAAAUAUUUCGGCGUCGGCCCAGAGUCUGCGGAUCAGAGUUAAAAUCCGUGUGUAGAUUGACACUGUAUCCUGUUCAAAACUUGUAAAAAGCGAUUCCCUACAAAGAAAAGAUUUAUAUUCUUUCCAUACCU